CUUGUCACUCUGAGUUUUGCAUGCAGCCACAGUCCAGAAUGCAGAGCGACACAGAUAGUGGCUCCACUCAUUUAGCUCCAACCAAGGAACUUUACUGUGAGGGUUUUUCCAACUAUGGGAGUAUGAGAGUCAGCACAUCUACAGUAAAGUGCCUUUUUUGUACAUGUGUGAACAAAGUGGCUCAGAGUUGGUGAACCUGGAUUUAUUAGACUUUGGGCUGUGAGCAAAGGAUGAUGAGAGUGUCUGCAGGGCUCUGUGUGCUGACAUGUUUUAUUCUGACAGUAGAUUUAAGUUUGGGGCCAAACAAAGACAUGCAGUUCACAUUUCUAUUAUCUGCUGGAAGCACGGAGUGUUUUUACCAAACAAUGGCAAAGAACGAUAGCAUGGAAUUUGGAUACCAGGUGAUAGCUGGGUCAGGGCUGGAUGUUGGCUUUGCCCUCAUCUCCCCCAGUGGAUACCGGCUGGUAUCUGACUUCAGGAGGUCUGAUGGCAUUCACAUGGUGGAUUCGACAGAGGAUGGAGAGUAUCGGUUGUGUUUCGACAACAGUUUCAGUAAACUCUCAGAGAAGAUGGUGUUCUUUGAAGUGAACAUUAACAGUGAGAUCGGUUCAGACGGAGGCUUAAAUGAGUGGGAGAACGUGGCGAUAAAAGAGAGCAUGGUGGAAUACAAACUCGAGGACAUCAGGGCUCAGUUGGACUCCGUGUACCAGCACCUGGAGAGGAGUCGUCAGAUACUGGCUGUGCUGCGGGCCUUAGAGGCGAGGGACCGCUACCUGCUGGAGGACAACCUGUGGAGUGUGUCCUUCUGGUCCUGCCUCAGCCUGCUGGUCAUGCUCUUCGUUGCUGUCACUCAGAUCUACACCCUGAAACGCCUCUUUGAUGACACCAAGAGGGUGUGCACAUAGCCGCAAAAAAGCUGAGGCUCAGUCAGAACCUGCACACGAUCACACUGGAAAGUUUGACCCCAUGCCCUUAACUGACAUGAGCUGAAUUUAAAAGGAUGUUCACUGGUUACUUUUUUAAAAUCUUUGAUGUUCCAGUCAGAAGGAAAGACACUGUUAUGUGCAAACAGAAACACAUAGAUAGACCUACAUAAAAGAAAGAUUCAUGCACAGACACACAGAUAUUUGCUGUCAUUGGGGAGCUAGAAAACAAAUCACUAGAAUGUAGUUUUAUUACAUUUCAGACUACAAUUCACAUGGACAUUUAUGACUAUGUUUUACCAAAAACAAUGACCAAAACAAAAUAACUUUAGAAACCUCACCUACUAUGUGUAGCCUACAUUUAGUCAAGCUCAUAUAUAAGUUCAUUACUAUGAAAAAAACAAGUAUUCACACAUUCAAAAGAAGCAAUCUCCCUGAUCAGUUUCCCCAUCUGGAGGUAAAAUCUGUAAGUCAUAUCGAUGGCAAGUUAGCCUUGAGAAAAACAUGCCAUCAUUUGAAUGCAUUGCAGGGAUUUGGUUGCAAAUGCACUUUGCAAAAACAUACAUAAUGCAGUAUUUAUUGUGCAUUUCAUUCACUUCCACUACAUUACUCACUGUGUUGAAACUUUGUGGGCCUACUCAGCUUCACCGUCAUCAUUUCCUUUCAUAAAACAUUCAGUGGUCUUGCUCCACCACUUGAACUGCAUUUUACUUUGUCAUUACAAAUCAGACAUCAUACAGUAAUAGAGAAAUGGCUUUAUGACUUCAGGCACUGAAUCUGGUGAUUUUUUAAGUGUUCAUUUAUGUUGUAGGCUUAUGUCAAGUUACAAUUUAUGUUCAAAUAAAUAAUUGGCAGUCUUCUGGGCAAUGGCUUUAAAGCAGGAAACCAAAAAUAUCUGAUUGGAUUUGUGUUAUAUUAGAUUUUACACUCUUUAUCACCUCUACAGUUUAGAGCUAUUUUAGAAUGUUAUUUUCUUAAUAACUAUUAAUAAUAGUUUGUCUCCUGACAGUAUGAGAUUGUUUAUCUAGUCCCGUAACAGUUUUGUCUGAGCUUUUGCUUUUAAGUAAGCUGAAAAUGAGAAGCGUAGUUCUCCUGUUGUCCUGUUGUCAUGGCGGUCAAAUCAUUUCCACUUCAGGCCGGUCAAUGUCACCACUGGUUUCGACGGGGAGCCGGGCGCCUGUUCAGGAACAAUCAGCCAACAUUAAUCUCAUAACCUCGUGACAUGCACUGUGACAGGCAACACUGCAGGAUCCAGUCUCUGGAACAUCUAUGGCAUUUGUGAGGAGGCUCUGUUAGCAAGAGGGAUCAGAGAGAGAUCAUCCCCCCGAGUUAUCGGUAGACAUGAGCAGACACAUUAACCUGGAUUUCUUAAUUAAUGCUGGGGCCAAAGAAAAGGGCAUUAUUAAAAUGAAUGCUGACAUUUCGUGCUGGGUCACAUUUGGGAAUAUAAAGCAGGGACUGUAUUUAAAUAUGUUUGGAUGGCAUUUUUUUGUAUUCAUUUGAGGAAAUAUAUUCCCAUCCACUUGUUGGGAGUUUUAUCGUCUUAAAACACUGGAUUUAAGAACUGUUUUUCACAUUAAAAGGGGAUUUUCUUGUCAAAAACACA